AUGUCCUCUUUUUCGGAGUCCGCGCUGGAGAAAAAACUCUCCGAGCUGAGUAACUCCCAGCAGAGCGUCCAGACGUUGUCGCUGUGGCUGAUUCACCACCGCAAGCACGCGGGGCCCAUCGUCUCCGUGUGGCAUCGCGAGCUGCGAAAAGCUAAAUCAAAUAGAAAGCUUACGUUUUUAUACUUAGCAAAUGAUGUCAUCCAAAACAGUAAGAGGAAGGGGCCUGAAUUCACUAGGGAAUUUGAAUCUGUCCUCGUGGAUGCUUUUUCCCAUGUUGCCAGAGAGGCAGAUGAAGGCUGUAAAAAGCCUUUAGAAAGAUUGCUGAACAUCUGGCAAGAAAGAAGUGUUUAUGGUGGUGAGUUCAUUCAGCAGCUCAAGUUGUCUAUGGAAGACUCCAACAGCCCUCCACCUAAAGCCACAGAAGAGAAGAAGUCUCUCAAACGAACCUUUCAGCAGAUACAAGAAGAUGAAGAUGAUGAUUACCCUGGAAGCUACUCUCCCCAAGAUCCAACUGCAGGCCCUCUCUUGACUGAGGAACUGAUCAAAGCCCUGCAGGAUUUAGAAAAUGCUGCAUCAGGUGAUGCCACCGUGAGGCAGAAAAUUGCUUCACUACCACAAGAAGUUCAAGAUGUUUCACUUCUAGAGAAAAUUACAGACAAAGAGGCAGCUGAACGUCUUUCAAAGACAGUGGAUGAAGCAUGUUUGUUACUAGCAGAAUAUAAUGGGCGACUGGCAGCAGAACUGGAAGACCGACGCCAGCUGGCACGUAUGUUGGUGGAGUAUACCCAGAACCAGAAAGAUGUUUUGACAGAGAAGGAGAAAAAACUAGAAGAGUAUAAGCAGAAGCUUGCUCGGGUAACCCAAGUGCGCAAGGAGCUGAAGUCACACAUACAGAGCCUUCCAGACCUGUCGCUGCUUCCUAAUGUUACAGAUCCUGAAACAGAUGAAAAGUUGGCUACCUUAAAGAAGACCAGCUGGCGAGGGGAGCUGGAGUCUUUUCAACUCUUCAAAGGGCCUGUCCAGAGCAGGGCCACUCUAGUGGCUAAGAACCCAGAGACAUCUGGAUAUUAUUCCGAAUGACCUGUAAGUCUGUGAAUCUAUUCCCAGUAGUUUGUUUCUUAUCUCUCCAUGCUGGAACAGAGAGAGCUUUGAGAACAGGGUUGGUGAUGUUUAUUAAAAGCAGUUAGAAAACACAUGAACAUGUGAUUACAUACCUUGUUAUGGCACAGAUUCAGAUAGCUCUUGUAUCAAAUCAAAGAACAUUGGAUUUUGAAGACUACUGACUAGCCAAGUGACCUUAAUCAAGUCACUUUUCCUCCCUGGGCCUCAAGUUUCCUCAUCUGUUAAAUGAAGAGGCAAUCCUAUAAAAUAUCCCGGGUACCUUCCUUAUAUCCUCCUACCCCAGCCUAAUGCUGUAGAGAGAUGUAAUGUGCUUAUUGUGUAACAGAAGGCCCAAGAGAGUGGACAUGAUCUUCCAGAUAAUCUUGGAACUGGUAUUUGGUCAUGCUCCUGCUCUUCUCUUUUGCGGGGUCAGAAUUCUCAACAGAGAAGGGAACCCAGCCUUUAGUCACUAACCCCCCAUUCCCCAUCCUCAUCAACAAAAUGCAAUCUUAGUUCAUUCCCUGUACUCAAAAAGUGAUGAGAGUCAUAGAAUCUCAUAUUUAAAGGUCAUCUAAUCCAAAUCUCCUUUGUAAUAUCCCUGACAGAUCAUUUCUGCCUCUAAAGCUCCUGCCAGGAUAAACCAUUUGAUUGUUAAACAGGUUUUAUUUUUAUAGAACAUGCCUGAGGACAUCUGUUCAUCUAGCACCAUCCCAGCAUUCACAAUCAAGGAAUCUGAGGUUCAGAGAGAAGUGACUUUCCCCAAGAUCAUACAGCUAGCUAGUGGUGGACAAAUUAGAAAGAAAUGUGUCAAUGACAUCAAAAAAAUACAUUAGACUUUAAGUAAGGAGAUCUGGAUUCUAGGCUCAGGAUCAAACUCACUGCUGUGACCUUUACAUCUGGCUGUCAAUUUAAGCCAAAGCUUGGGUGCUUAUUGACACUAAUGCAGCUACUGUUGGGGGGAAUCAGAGAAUGGAAUAUUCAAUGAAAAUCAGGAGUCGUGGCUUCAUUUUAAAAGCAAGCCUAAGCAUGUCUCACAUAACAGUGCAAAAGGAAACUUGCUAAUGUUGAUGAUGCAGCUUCCCAAAGCAGAAAGACCUUCUGUUUGGAAGGCAGCAGAAUGACCAACAGUUUUAUCUCUACUGCUUACUGGUGGCACAGGGAAACUUAUAAUGAGAUAGCUCCCAAAUGCAUCCACGAUCAGUUCCUCAGAAAGCUAUUGAGUGGCCCUAAGCCUUCCCAUCCUCAGAGAUGCCUGUGAAAAUCCUCCUCAAGGAAGCCCUUCUGAAUUCUGAGUCUGAUGAGGGUGCUCCUUCUCCUUCAGGUUUGUUGCUGUAAAAAGUCAGGCAGAAAUUAUGAAGAAGGAAGAUAAUCACUUCUUACUCUACGGAUCAGGUAUAAUUCACUCAAGGUAAGAAAGAUAAGGAUGUCAGAGCUGGGAUGAGAAAUUUGCAAGACCAAGGCAGGGUUCAAAAAUGAUGCCCCUCUGUCCCCCAUUUGAAAAUUGUAUCCCCUGGGUGUGAUUCUUCUUCAGAGGCUUUAAACUUUCACAGUAACACAGGUGAUUGGCCUAAUCACAAAGUUGAUCCCCCAAGUACCCUAGAAAAUGGAAUUUUCUGGCAUUAAAAAAUCUACAUUUGUAAAGCUAUAUUAAAAAGUUCCACUCCUUAUGUGUCUCCAUGAUGCAUCUUAGAUGGUAACUCCAUGACUUGACCCUUGUCUCAUCUCUAGUAGAAAAAUAGUUCAUAGGUCUUUAGCACUUUAAGGUUUACAAAGCUCUUGAUGCACCACAAUCCUUUGAGGUAGGUAGUGUAAGGAUUAUGAUGCCCACUUUACAGAUGAGGAAACUUGAGGUUCAGCGAGGGGACGUGGCAUAAAGUAUAUUAUGAUAUUGUAUAAUAUUAAAUACAAUUUUAUGUAUUGUUUACUCUGCUUGGUUGCAUUGAUUUUGACAUAUGCUUUAGAAAGCUUUAUAUACCAUGCGGGUAUAAUACUUAAAAGUUGAUUAAGUAUGGUGUUUGUGGUUAUUUAUAUUCAAAAUUAAAUGUCAAGAAUAUAACUGUCUUUUGGACUCUAGUAGCUCACGCUGAUAUAGCCUGUUACAGUAACAAAGUACUUUACAUCUGUUUUCUCAUAAGAUCCUUAGGAAAGAUCUGUGAGGAAGGUAGUUUACAGAUUAUUAUCCCUACUUUACAGGAGAGAAAACUGAGACUCAGUUUUUUACUUUCCCAUAUACAUUAGAAUUCCUAAGAGAAGGGAACCCAGUUAGCAGCCAUUGACUUCCAUCCCUAAUCUUAUUUCCUACCCUAGGGACUGAGGCUCAAAGGUGAAUGAGCUUGUCCAAAGCCCAAUGAAUGUCACCUUAGCAGGCACCAGGUCUUGCUCAUUAUCCAGGACUCUUUCUGUUGCACCACACUACUUCUAAUGAUAUGUUCUUCUUGAGGGGAAAAGCAGUCAAUAGAGCACUUUUUCUAAGAGUUCAGUUAAGAGCAUUUCGUAUUGUAAGUAGGAGUAAAAUCAGCCUAUAAUGCAGUGUGCUUCCAAAAGCUGAUGGAUGCCCAUCUCUUCCAUGACUUGAUUCAGUAAAUGUAUUGGGAUCCUAUGACCUCUGCCAUUGAUGCACCUACAAGAAGAAGGAAGGGUUCAGGUGUUGCCAUGAGGGCAUCAUAGCUUAAUAUCUUUGCUGCCUGGACCUUUGUAUCUACUGUGCCUAAGCUCUCUGGUAGCUUAUAGUAUAGUCCAGUGCAUGAAUUUUUCCCAGAAGACAAACAUAAACACACAGAGAAAACCAUCCCAACUAACUUGACUCUUUAGAGUUAGGCUACUUUGUUAGAAUGAGAUCUUUCUUGGAUGAUUUGCUCUUUUCUCAACACAUUCAGCUUUACAGACACAACAUAAGGUCCACAUUAAUGAAACACCAGCCCCAACACCUACAGUAGCUCUCCUUUUCCCAGCUCCCUACAGGCAAUGUUAAGAGACUAGAGCCCUUCUUAGGGCUAUAGGUUGUAGCUACUGCCUUCAUCCGAUCAGUUGCCUUGCCUUUGUAGUUAGUUGGGGGUAGAGUGAUAAAGGACAAGUUAACUUCCAACUGUCAAGUGGCAGUAACAAUUCUUUGUGGCCUUUUUUGUGAAGAAGAAAUGAUAACUGAGCAAUUUUCAGAUAGCCUUCAUAAAGUCCUUGUAUACUUUUACACUUAACUUAUCUGCUUCUUGGAAUGAUGGAAGCUUUUCUACCUAUAACCUUUGAAGUAGAUAGUUUAGGACAAAGAAGAGAUAGAUUUGCAUGUUAUUUCAGAUUGUUGUACCAUGGAAGAGCAAAGUCAGCCUUUUGGUAAGCAUUAGUAAGUCCAUAUCACUUGGACGAAGAACAUUCAAUUUACCUUUCAGUGUCAGUAAGAGACUUUUUCUUCCUACAAUGGGUUGGACUGAGAUUCAGAAGACCUGGGCUCAAGUAAUAACCACAUCACCUUAGGCAAGUCACUUCCCUCUUUUGGGCCUGGGCUUUGUCAUCUGUAAAAUGGGAUAGUAAAACUUGACCUGCCUUAACAGAUAGGUCAUAUGAACUGAAUGAGGAGUAAGCCUGGUAGUUGAAAGAAUCCUGGAUUUGGAAUCGGGAAGUCCUUGAUUUGAUCCUAGCUCUCUGCCCCUUGUGAGUUCUGGGGCUGAACUGGUUGUUCCUCUGAGCCUUAAAUUGUAUCAUAGAAAAGACUAUUUUUGAAGACAGGGAACCUCAGCUUGACUUCUAGCUCUAUCACUGAGUGGGUGUUUUUGGGCAAGUCACCUCACCAUCCUGGGCCUCCAUUUUCCUCUUCUGUAAAGUGAGGGUUUGGAAAUUGGUUAACUUUUAAAGUUCCUUCCAAUUCCAAAAUCCUCUGAUAGUGUGGAUACUUGUCCACCUCAUAAGCUAGCGGUAACAAAAGCACUUUGUGAACUGUAGAGUACUAUAGUAAAGUGAGCUGCUAUUUUCAUUAUCAUUUUUACAUGAUUAAGAUGUGAGAAAAAGGAGAGUAAGUAUGUAAAAUGUUUUGUAGAAUAUAAAGUCCUUGAUGGUAAGGACUGUGCUACUUUUAUCUUUGUUUAGCACAGUAUCUUUUAGAAAGUGGAUACUUUAUAAAUGUUGUUUUGUUUGUUUGUAAACCUUACAGCACUAUAUAGAUGUCAGCUGCUAUUAUUAUUAAUAAAUGUGAAAGCACUUUGGAAACCAUAAAGCGCUCUACAAAUAUAAAGUUGUUAAAAGUUUAAAACCUGCCAAAGAUUUCAGAGAGCCCCUCUGUAUCCCAGUGAAUGUCUCUCUUUAAAUAAUUCAAUUUGUGAUGUCAUAAAUAACCUGGCAGAGACUACCCAGAUGAGUCAUGCCCCUUGUGCUGAUUUAGAUGUGAAUUCUCAGCAGCAUCAGACCCCCUUUCCCAUAACUCAGCAAUACUUAGAGCACACUCAGGCUAGCUGUCCAAGGGUUGACAACCACCAGCAAAAAACAGUAAACAAGAACAAUAGGCCUGUGGGAUUUGGUUAGCCCACCACUUCCAAAAAAGCUAAUUCUUCCUGAUUGAUGGAAAAGUUAUUACAGAGUUAUCUGGAGCUUCAUCCCUGAAGUGCCAACAAUUUGGAUGGCUUCCCUCAGCUGCUUCAAUCCUUCUUCACUUCCUGUCAGCAAAGAACAUGAUCCAACCAAGCAGUCCUGUGGAUUGAUGGCUUCAUUAUCAUCACUCCCAAACCCUUUCCCCUAUAAUAGACUGGUUUCUCUGGCCUCUGAAGAGAUGCAUUCUGGGAAAAGCAGAGUAGGCUUAAGAUACAGCACGGUUGGGCAAAAAGAACCCCAGGCUAGGAGUCAAGAUUUUAGCUUAAGUUCUACAAUUCAGUAUUUGACCCCAAAAAAGUCACUUUCCUAUACAGGGCCUUGUGUCCCUCUUUGGUAAGAUGAGGGGAGUGAAGGGAUUAGACUGUCUUUAAGAACUCUCUCAGCUCCAGUAUUCUGUGAUCUUAAGUCCUUUUCUCUCUCUCUGAGCCUUACUUCAUCUAAAAUGAGUAUGUUGACCUAGGGUCUUUCCUUCUAGAUUGUCAGACACUUUGGGCUGUCUUUCUGAUUUUUAGUUGUUACAUUCAUUCUGCUGGGUAAGGUAGUUUGAACUUGGGGCUAGAAUUUAUUCCUGUUUCUACCACAGAAGUUAAAGCCCUUAGAGGGAAGGUGAUUCUCCUACAGUUAUAGGUCGUGAUAAAUUAGGAUAGAAUGUCAGACAAGGUAGAUUUAGACAUGGUAUUUUAGGAAAUUUCAUGGAAAGAUAGAGGGAUUCCUGUUUUUUUGUUUUUGUUUUUGUUUUUUGAGAAACAAAGGACAGCUUUCUGAAGGAAGUGGCACCCGAGUCUGGAUCAAACUUUAAUUCAAGAUGAUGCUCUAAAGGGACAAAAGGUUUGGACUAAAUAAUGAUUCACUCAGAUUCUAGAGAAUUGGGCUCCUUUUCUGACAUUGACUCUAUUACAUUAGCUUGGAAGCCCUUUUUGACCUUUCUUCUCACUACCCAAGUACUCUUGUCUAUCUUUCAUAGGAACUGGACUCAGGGUGAUUGUAUACUCAAGCUCAAAGGAGUGGGUGUAGAAGGGGAAGAAAGAACCCAUUGCCAAAAGAGAAAAAAAUGUGAGAGAUUCAUGCUUGUAGGUGAAUUCCUAUAUCUACUUAUGCAAAAUGCUUCCUUCUUUAUAAUUAUAAUAGUAAGAAUUCUAUAGUAAGAAUUACAGGUCUUUUAAUACCCAACGUGGAAACUGCUAGCUGACUCUUCCCUUUCACAUCCUUCCUUUGAGAAUUUUUUCACAAAGCAACCUAAAGGUAAUUUGAAAAAUCCAGUUACUUGGGGGGAAAGGAAGAGGAAUUUGGGAGAGAGUGAGCAUAGUCUUCCAGGUUCUAAGGUGUAUUGAGGGGGGGCAUAUAGUUAAUAUGAAUAAAAAGUAACAAUCUUAUGAAUACAAGAGAAACAAAUGGUAUAUCUCCCUGUAACUCUGGAAGGGGUUGAAUACAAACUCAUUUGAAUAGUAAAAGAAAAGGUGGGGGGAAGCAAUUUUCAUAGCACUUUGAAAGGUCCUUGGAGUAGUAGAGCAAAAGAUGUGGCAAGUGUAAAAGUGCAGGUGGGCAGCAGAAUUCUGAAGGUAAGCCACAGGAAGUAGAGCAGAGACAAUGAACUUGGUCUACCUAUGAAGGACUCACAGAACUGACCAAUGGAAUCAGUGAUGCUUGGACAGAGCUGCCUAGGAAAGGAAACCUUUAGAGAGAAGCACCAAAGAGAAGCUGCAAACUUUCUCCCUUUGUCCCUUUCCAGUGCCACUCAAGAAAGACAAGAAAGAAUAAAAAAUAGUUUUAACUCAGUAACCCCUAUUCAAUAAAUUCAAGAAUAUAAAUCGCUUUUGGAAGAACUCCUUGCAAGGAAAACAGGAAAACAAAUUGAGAGAAAUUAAUUUUAGAUUUAUGCUAUAUGCCAUAAUAAGCUUCAAAUGGAUGUGAUCUAAAUAUGAAAGAUCAUGCCAUUAAAAAAUGUAAACAACAUUAAAUUUAUUUUUCAUAAUGAUGGCUAGAGGGAAGAGUUCUCAACCCUAUAAGAAGUAGAGAUGAUCACAACAAAAUAGAUCAUUUCUAUUAUAUAAAAUUGAAAAAUGCUUAAAUUAUAGCUAGAAUAAAGAUGGGUUAAAAAUGGUUAAAAUUUGCAACAAACAUUUUAAUCUUGGUCUCUCAGUUGCCUCAUCUAUAAAAUGAGAUGAUUAGACUUGAUGGUGAUCCUAUGAAAAUUUAUGCAGAUAUGUGAAUCAUUCCCUAGAAUCAAGAAGUGGUUAAAGGAUAUGAAUAAAUGGUUCUUAGAAUUGCUGACUGUUAAUAACAAAGUAAAAGAUUACUCUAUCACUAACAAGAGAAAUAAAUGAAAACAACAGGUUUUACCUUAACUAAGCCCAACAAAUUGACACAGAUGACAAAAGACACAAAUAUUUAUUUGUGGAGAAGCUAUAGAAGGACUCCACAUUAGCACACGGUUGGUGGAGCUGUGAUUUUGUUCCAACCCUUCUGGAAGCAGUUGGAAUUAUGCUAAAAAUAAAAAGUGAUAAAAUGUCCAUACCAUUUGAUCUAGCGAUCCCAACCUAAGUGUAUGUCCCAGGAAAGUUAAAGACAAAAAAGGAAGGUGCUAUCUACUCCAUAAUAUUGAUGAAAGCACUUUUUUUUGGUAGCAAAGAGUGGGAAAUUGUAGAUGCCCAUUGAUUGAGAAAGGCUGAACAAAUCAUAGUCCAUGAGGGUAAAGGAUUAGCACUUUGCUUUAAGGAAUGAUUAUAAAGAACUCAUAGGCUCAUAUAUUUGGAGCAGGAAAAGGACUUUAAGGCCAUUCAGACCUGCCCCUUCAUUUUCCAGAUGAGGAACUGAAGCCAAGAGAGGUUAAGUGACUUGCCCGGGGUCAUAUUGCUGGUAAUUUUCAGAGGAUUUGAACCCAGGUCUUUCUGAUUCCAAGUGCAAUAUUCUCCACUACUCCGUGUUUUCCUCCAGCAGGGAAAGCCUUAUGAAUUACAACAGAGUAAAAGAAGCAGAACUUAGGAAAUAUACACAAUGGUUAUAACAAUGAAAAGGAAUGAGGAAAUAAUGUAUGAUUAUGACAUUAUGAAAAGUUCAGGAAAUGUCCCGUUCUCCCAUCUUUGCAGAGGUGGGGGACUAUGGAUAUGGAAUCUUGUAUACACUUUUAGAUUUGGUGAUGUACAGGUUUUGCUGACAUGCUUAUCUUUUUUUCAUUGUUACAAGGGAUGACCGACCUGCUUAUGUAGGAGGGAAAGGGGAAUAUUAAAUGAAGGUGAUAUAAAAAAUUAUUUUAAAAUAAAAAUAAAAGACUUAUUGUUGGGGGAGGGUAGCCUGUCUGAAGGAAUAUCUCAACUCAAUAUGAACUUGGAAGAGAAUCCAUUCUGUGUUCUUUAAUUUGUAAAUAAAUGUGUUCAAUAUUUUGAGCUUUUGACCCUGAGUGCUUAUAAGGGGAAUAUGAUUAGAGUUAUCCUGGGGAAGAGUGCCAGCUAUGGAGUGCCACCAUCAGAUCAUGUUAUCUAUAUUAAAUGGCGAUCCACUCUAA